UUUUCGGCUUAGACUUCAGGAGGAUUUUGCGGGUUAGCUAGAAAAUGAAAGUAUUCCUGCAGAUAAAUGGGGAUUUAGGGCUGUUUUGCUAGCUCAGCAGCAGCUACCUUGCCUCUCUAAUUGGAUUUGUGGACACCGCGGGUUAUCCGGCUCCUGUCAGAUCAAACCACUUACAUGUGUCGCUCCUCGUCGGGGUUUGUUUUGCUACAUAGCCGCUUCGCUAGCAGGCUCUGUCGGUGCUACUAGUGCUAACUUUUUUUUUUUUUUUUUUUUUUUUUUUAAAAAGGACAUUACUCCCAGGUUGGAAUAAACUGUUGACUGUUGUCCAGUUUAUUUUCCGGGACUGAUGACAGCCCUCCUGUCACAAUGUACCCGAGGUCAGUUCUCACAAGCAGCGGAAGAAGCCUUCUUCUUGGAUUAGGAAAUUAUACCAGUGGGCCAGCCAACCUGAGUUAGCCAGGUUACAGCUCACCGUGUCCGACGUCAACAUUUCAAGUAACUGACACCGUGAACUGCACACUAAGCUAACCGGACAGCCUUCGCCCAGCUCGGGUACUCGAGAUUAACCUUUUCUAGCGUCUGCGGUUAGCGACUGGAUAGCGUCGCCAUGGCUAACGUUACAGACCUGCAGGCAAAAUACAGCAAGCUGGCACAGGAGUAUUCAAAGCUUCGUGCCCAGAACCAAGUGCUGAAGAAGGCAGUUGUGGAUGAACAGGCCAACUCUGCCUCACUAAAGGAGCAGUUGAAGCAAAGAGACCAGAGCCUGAGAAAGCAGGAGCAGGAGAUGGACAGUCUCAGCUUCAGGAACCAGCAGUUGGCCAAGAGGGUGGAGCUGUUACAAGAGGAGCUGUCUACUUGUGAAGCCAAGAGCAAAAAGGGGAAGAGUAAAGGAGACUCUCCUUCACAGCAUGGCCUGCAAACCCAGAGUGUUUUUGAUGAGGACCUGCAGAAAAAGAUUGAAGAAAAUGAGCGACUUCACAUCCAAUUUUACGAAGCAGAUGAGCAGCACAGGAAGACAGAGACUGAGCUGAGGGCACGGCUAGAGAGGCUGGAGAAAGAUGCCGAGCAGCACCAGGCUGUCGUGGACGGGCUCACCACAAAGUACGUAGAAACAAUUGAGAGGCUGCAGAGUGACAAAGCACGCUUAGAGGUGAAAGCACAAACUCUGGAGAGGGAAGCAAAAGAGUGCAGAAUGCGAACAGAAGACUGUCAGCAGCAGUUGAGGCGGUGCCAGUCGGAGCUGAACAGACAGGUGAAACAAAGCAGCAGUGUUAUCCAGGAGAAAGUGCCCUUCAAUGACACCAAAUUUAGCGACUACAACAGCCUAAAUGUGCCAUCACACAAUCGAAGGCACCAGCUGAAGGCCCGGGAUGUGGCAGGCCAGGCACUGGGCUUCAUCCAGGACCUGGUGGCGGCUCUGUUGAACUUCCACUCCUACACAGAGCAGAGAGUACACAUCUAUCCCCUGGACUCCUCCAUUGAGCCCAUCUCCCCUCUGAACCAAAAGUUUUCUCAGUAUCUACAUGAGAAUGCAGCCUAUGUACGCCCCCUGGAGGACAGCUUUCUACAGUUAUACCAAAGCAUCACAGAGGACACUGUCACAGUACUGGAAACUGUGGUCAAGCUGAAGAAUUUCGCUGAUAACUUCUCCUCAUACGUCCACUUUCUGCAAAAGAUUCUUCCCUACCAGUUAAAAAGCCUUGAAGAAGAGUGCGAGGCACCCCUUUGUACUGCUGCCCUUACUGUGAAAAACCAGGAGUUGCAGAGCGACAGCAAGCGAGUGACAUCUGUGUUUGAGAAACUGCAGAACUACAUUAACCUUUUGGCCUUACCUAGUGUUCAGCAGGAUGCCAUGCCACAGAGCAACACAUCGGCUGUCUUCACCCAGCUGGCUGCCUGCCUACACAGUCUUCAUGAUGCCGUGAAAGAGAUGUCAAAGCAUUACAACCAGAAGGCCGUCAUUGAGCAGGAGCUCCCCACCGUCACCCAAAAGCUCUGUACCACCACAGAGUGCCUGCUGGGAUCUCUGUGUUCUCUAACCAGCUGCACCGGCAAGAUUGCCACUUUCUUCAGCAACAACUUGGACUUCUUCACAUCAUCAGGCUACAGUCCAAGAGGUAGCACAACAGCUCUUAACCCCAUGCAAGCAGAGAGUAUGUUGGCCAACAAAAAGAAAGCAACAGCCUAUAUCCAAGCUAUUAAAAAGGCCAAGCCACAGUCUGUUCCAUACAGAGAAGCCCUGUCAAACCGUCGUAUACUUACCAGCUCCACUGAGAGCAGAGAAGGUCUCACUCAGCAGGUGCAGCAGAGCCAGGAGAAGAUUGCUCGGCUGGAGCAGGAGAAGGAGCAUUGGCUGCUGGAGGCCCAGUUAGGGAAGGUGCGGCUGGAAAAGGAGAACCAGCGCAUUACGGAACUGGAAGCGCAACUCGCAGCAGCUCUAGGGGGAAGUCCAAACUCUCAAACAGCUGCAGCCAGCACACUCACACAGGGUCAGGAAGAAGCCGCGACAGAACUGAAAGCCGCAGGGAAAGAGCCGACGCUGUGCACGAGCCUGGUUGGAAUGUUGUGUACGACACCUACGGCUGAGCAUGUGGGAGACGAGGAGUCUAGGGAGCAGCUGAUAAAGAGUCACUACAUGGCCAGAGUGGGAGAGCUCACCACCCAGCUCCAGAUUUCAGAUAGCAAAGCUGUGCACUUUCACUCUGAGUGUCGAGCUUUGGCUAAGAGAUUAGCCAUUGCAGAGAAAUCGCGGGAGACUUUGAGUGAGGAGGUCAAACUGGCUAAUCAGAAUAUCACACGCUUGCAGGAUGAGCUGGCUACGACUAAGAGGAGCUAUGAAGACCAGCUUAGCAUGAUGAGCGACCAUCUGUGUAGCAUGAACGAGACUUUGAGCAAGCAGAGGGAGGAAAUCGACACACUCAAAAUGGGCAGCAAGGGAAAUGCGAAAAAGAACAAAGGCCGCUAGUGCUGCUCCUCAAAACUCAGGCUCCAUUUGACGCCACUUAAAGGCACCAUGGGAGAAGAUCUGUACUGCGGAGCCUCCCUGCAGCGUCUUGGUACCAACACUGUCACCAAACCACAGGAUUGCUACCUGAGCCUCCAGUUCCUCCACUGGCAGGCAGUACAAUACAAACAAACUGUUUUGAGGCUCAAACACAUUUGACUGAAAAUGCUUUUGUUUUUCCUUUUCCUUGUCACAGAACCACAUAAAACAUAACAUAAUUUGCUAAAAAUGCUUUCUGAAACUGGACCAGAAGUUAAUGCUUGACCUCGGGGUCAAAGCACGCAGCUUUCCCAACAGAAGGAGCAGAGAAAGAUAAACGGCUGCAACUGGUGGAUGUUUUUAAUACUCACCGAAGUCAAGACUUGAAGACCAAACCCUGUUAAUCGAUGUGUGUAGUUGUCCAGCUUAAUGUAUGUAUGAGAGACAGUGAAACUGUGCAUUCUUACUGCUUAUCUGUGGGAGUAGGCAAACAGAAAUUGUUCGCGCAUGUGAGCACACGUGUGCAGAGUGUUGUCUUUGUGUGACUGUAGCACCACGCUUUACAACAUGUAAUGUUUUACAAUAAUUUUUUUUUUUUUUUAAGGUCAAAUUUGAGAUUAGUUUUGCAAGGCGACA